GCUCCUGAAGUACUGAUGUGUCGUAAAUAUGAUGCAGUAGCAGAUAUUUGGAGUAUGGGCAUUAUUGUUUACCAGUGUUUAACUGGUAAGGCUCCAUUUUAUGCCAAUACUCCAGAGGCUUUAAAAAACAUAUAUGAAAAAACAGCUUGUCUCAGACCAAA